AUGUACGACUUACAGCGUGCUUUUGUCUUCAGGAAGCGUACCUGCCUGUAUGACUUUCACAUCAAGCAUAAGGCCAAAAUGGUCCCCUUUGCUGGGUAUGAAAUGCCCGUGCAGUAUGCCGAUCUGAAUAUCCAAGAAUCGUGCCGCCAUACAAGAAACCAUGUUAGCAUAUUCGACGUCUCUCACAUGCUCCAAACACAUAUCACUGGGAAGGACAGAGUUGCGUUUAUCGAAAGCCUCACAACAGCUGAUGUGGAAGGGCUGCCGGUGAAUAGUGGUACUCUUUCAGUGUUCACUAACGAAAAGGGAGGAAUAAAGGAUGAUCUCAUUGUCUCAAAAACUGAGUACGAUUAUAUCUACAUGGUUACAAAUGCCGGUUGUAUUGACAAGGACCUUCCGUAUCUACAGGAGAACGCUGCUAAAUGGCGGUCAAAGGGAAAAGAUGUUGAUAUAAAAGUUCUCGAGGGGCGAGGUCUUAUUGCUGUCCAAGGUCCUGAAAUGGCUAGCGUACUACAAAAAGAGACUGACAUUAACCUUCGUGAACUGACUUUUAUGAAAACAACUAUCGGUAAAGUAUUCGGCAUAAAUAAUUGUCGCGUCACCCGUUGUGGUUACACCGGUGAGGAUGGCGUGGAGAUAUCGGUAGACCCUAGCGAGGCUGCUAAUCUCGCGGAAAGGCUGUUACAGUCAACGCAUGGCAGCGUAAAACUGGCAGGGCUUGGUGCGCGAGAUGCUCUGCGAUUGGAAGCUGGUCUGUGCCUUUAUGGAAACGAUAUCGAUGAGAAUACGACCCCCGCCGAAGCAGGCCUAGCUUUUGUUGUAGCGAAGCGUCGGCGCGAAACCCUUGGAUUCCCGGGUGCAGAGAAAGUGGUUGAACAGUUGAAAACCAAAAAGUGGCUGAAACAACGUGUAGGCUUGGUUUCCGAACCUGGACGAGCUCCACGAGCUCAUUUGCCUCUGAUCGAUCCACUGGAUAAGUGCGCGAUUGGUUUUAUCACAUCAGGAUGCCCCUCUCCAUGUACAAAUCAAAAUAUUGCAAUGGCCUACGUGGACAAGCCAUACUCUAAGGUUGGGAAGCAGUUCAUCGUCGAUUUUGGCACUAAACAAUCCAAAGUCACUGUCGCGAAAAUGCCAUUUGUGCCGACCAAGUACUACACCAAGGCGUCUUAG